UAAAGCGCUAUUUUGGGAGACACGCCUUUCUACCAGACAUCGUAAAAGGUGCCCAAUUUUUCCGCAAUCGCAGUAGAGCUGGAAGGGCUUACAGAUACACAAGCAUACGAAUCAAGAGUUCCGACAUGAAGUCUCUUGUACUUCUUAUCGCGUGCUUUUCUGUGGCGCGAGCCACUGAAGAUGAUUUCUGCAAGGAAAGAGACGCCGGCUGCUAUGUGGACCUAAAGGAUUGUUCCAAGUACUACCAGUGCGACGACUUUCACAAAACUCACCACAGGACAUGUUCAGACCAGCUUAAGUGGAGUGCAGUGAAAAACAUAUGUGAUCAUGCGGCUGAUGUAGACUGCGAUCGGAAACCUCUUAAGCCGCAUGUUCGCCUUCUCGCCCCUGCUCCCUACCCAGGAUGUGAUCUCCAUUGUCAGGAAAAGGGUCUCGAUGGCUCUUGCACGGUUAUGCCUAACUGGAGGAUCGAGAAGGGCAUGUGCGUUGACAACAACUAUUGUCUCUUACUUCCCAACGGCCACUACCACGACCCCAGGAACUGCUCGCGCUUCUACCAGUGUGAUGCGUUCCACAAGGCUUUUCUGCACAGCUGCCCUUCUGGGCUGAAAUGGAGCGUCACGAAAACCACGUGUGACUGGCCACGAUACGUAGACUGUAACAGAGGAGGAGAGCCCUACAAGCCGCCUUUCGGGUGCGGGCUGAGGGACCCUAGACCCGUGAAGUUUGACUGCAUUCAGGGCUUCUUGAACGGGGCUCGAUUGUACUGGAAUAAACUUCUUUUUACUGACCGAGAUCCGUCAAGCAACGUUUACUCUGGAAUAGCGAUCAACUGGGGCAACUGGAAGGCUUAUGUGAAUGGUCUUGCAUGUCGGUGUGCUAAGGCAGCCUACACGAAGGGCUACAAGUAUUUCGGUCUGCAGUUCUACGGCGAGUGCUGGAGUGGUCCAUACUAUGGUGCUAUCAGCGCAAGCCACGUCACAAAUCCGGACAACUGCUUGCAGGAAUACUUCCAAAAAUGCAAGAAACUCGACACGACGCACGCAUGUGUUGGGAAAGCUUGGAACAACUACGUCUACAGAGUCUUACCGCCUAAGAUGAUGAAGUAAUUCUAAACUCCUUUGAUUGUUCUAUAGUUUUGUUGAGAGAUAUAAUAAAAAAAAUAAGACUUGGAAGAUGUACCACAUUGUCGCUGUUAAAAAGUUAAAAAAAAUGAUUGUAUACAAUAAAAGUAAUAACAUAUAUCGUUGCAUCUCAUAAAAAUUAUUGUAUACAAUAAAAGUAAUAAAAUAAAGAGUUGCAUCUCAUAAAAAAUGAUUGUAUACAAUAAAAGUAAUGAAAUAUCUC